AUGUUGGUGCUGUAUGUACUUGCACGGCACCCAUCACAUGGCUACAACUAUUCUGAGUCACUACUUAAGGAGGCUGAUGAGUAUCAUGAUAUCAUUACACUGCCGGUGAAUGAGGGACGUCCGAACAAAAAGAAUCUGGAGUAUAGCAGCAAUGAUUGGGGUGUAGAGGUUCAGAUUGGUUUGAGUCGAAAAACAUUUCUUUGGUUUGAACUGGCACUACGUCUUUUUCCAAGAGUGAAUUAUAUUACAAAGGGUGAUGAUGAUAUUUUCUUGCGUGUGCCACAGUUUUUGUCUGAUUUACGUUUGCUACCACAACAAGGAAUAUAUUGGGGACCCAUCAUCAGUGCUUUUCUACGUCGAGGUAGUGCAACUGUGAGGUUUCGCUAUGCUGGUGGAAUGUGCUACACACUCUCAAGGGAUGUUGCCGAACACUUUGUCUCUUACGAACCAUUAAAGCGUUUAGUGCAUCUCCCGUACAGCAAG